AAAAACCAAUCUAAAAAAAUUAAUUUGAUUGAAAAAAUGCUGUUAAAAUCGUAUUUUCACCACUAAAACUGUGCAAAACUUUGCGAUAGAAACAAAUGAAAGCCGCAUCAGCAGUUUUGACACUUGCAGUGAACUGUCAAAAACGAUUUCAUUGACACGUAAAUGUCAACGCAUUUUGCAUUGAUACAGCAAAUUGUUGAACGCGCACUUUGGAUUUGUUUGGACGCGAAUGAAAAACUAAACCAACGCAUAAAUUACAAACGAUAUUUAAUGCGUAAAUAACAUCGAAUUUUGGACGAAAAUAUUUGAACUGUUGUUGUUAAUCGCUUUAAUAUCGUGAUAAAUUUCGUGUAAAAUUUCUGGAGCAUUUGUUUGAAGAAAAAAAAAAUUAAGAUUUUUUUUUCGAUAGUUGUAUUUUUUGUGUAUGUUUAUCUCAAAAGCGAUUGGAAAAAAUGCCGGUGCCAGAGGAAAAUCGAACCCAACAUACAAACGAAAUGAACGGUUUCAAUGCGGACGUCAACAAAACCUGGGUAUACUCACUGCUUGUGAACUUGUCAAAGAUGUGGCGCACUGGUACGAGUUCAUUCGAUUUGACCUUGGAACAGUAUGGAGUGUAUGAAAUCAUUGACUGGAUCGUCCAACAUUUGUCGAGACAUCCAUUCCUAGCAUUUGGAAUGUCGAUGUGCGUGCUAUCAUGUGCCCUGCCGUUUAUUAUUUUCAUGAUUUUCGCCAUUGCAACUGUAAUCAUGACGUUCACCAGUUUCGUCAUCAUUGAAGGAACGUUAAUCACAAUGGCGUCGGCAUUGCUGUUUGGAUUCCUCGGUGCAGUCAUUUUAUUCUUCUUCUUCUUCGGUUUUGUGAUGAUGGCUGGGUACUUUGGAUUGGUGCAGAUUUACGAAUUGCUUGACUAUCCUAAUAAGCGUCGUGCUGUUGUCAACUACUUUCGUGGCGAAACACCAAGCCAAGCCGCUGAGAAAAAGAGAGAUUAAAUUGAACUGAACUGAACUGAAGCCCAAAGAACUGAUUCAAACUGAAUUCCAGUGAAAAAAAUUUGAAAUUAGAAAUAAUGAAAUACUAUGAUGAAAUCCCAAAGAACUACAUGCACAUAUUUCGGUCUCAAAAAGUAGUGUUUAUUGAAAUGUUAAAUGAAAUUCUCUCUAAUAUAUUGUAAUUAUCUCGUGCUCUAUCAUCCAA